CAUGGCGAAAUAACCCCUACUCACCUGGUUGCUAGUGGUGAAAAUCCCAUGACCCACGUACGCUUUUUCAAGAAGCUACGACCUGCCUUCAUUGCGCUUGGCAAGACGUUUCAACAGCAAAAGGUGCGGAAAACCUGCUGACGUGUGUCUUUGCCUCGUUAAAUUCACUUUGACUGUUUCGUCCUCUAAACGUCCUUUAGAAAAAAUCAGUCCGAGCUUCAGAGUGUUCGCAUUCAGACCAAAUUCGAAAUUUGCAGUAUUUUGCCGAAGUAAACACUUUACCGUACAAAUUAUCCAGCAAAAUGACCACCCAGUGGAACUACCCCGAUCCAGCCCUUCAAGAUGAACUCCGCAAGAUUGCCAACGCCAUUGUGGCACCUGGCAAGGGCAUUUUAGCUGCAGACGAAUCGGUCUCAACGAUGGGCAAACGCUUGACCGACAUUGGUGUUGAGAAUACGGACGAAAAUAGGCGCAAAUACAGACAGCUGCUCUUCACCACCUGCCCAACCAUCGGUGACUCUAUUUCCGGGGUGAUUCUCUUCCAUGAGACGCUCUACCAAAAGGCGGACGAUGGCACUCCGUUCCCCGAGCUGUUGAAACAACGCGGUAUUAUUCCCGGAAUCAAAGUGGACACCGGAGUUGUGCCAUUGUUCGGCAGCAACGACGAAUGCACCACUCAAGGUUUGGAUGAUCUGGCUAAACGUUGCGCCCAGUACAAGAAGGACGGCUGCCACUUCGCCAAGUGGCGUUGCGUCCUCAAGAUCAAUGAGCACACGCCCUCCCUGCAGGCGCUUAUUGAAAACGCAAAUGUUUUGGCCCGCUACGCCUCCAUUUGCCAGGCCAACAGGAUCGUGCCCAUCGUUGAGCCCGAGGUUUUGCCUGACGGUACUCACGACUUGGAAAGGGCUCAGAAAGUCACUGAAACCGUCUUGGCUUUCGUGUACAAG